AUGAAUAUUAUAACUUUAUCAAUUUUAUUAUUGGUGGUCUACCUUGUAUUGGACUUUAUUCUAAAGAAUAAGAAACAAUCAAAGUAUGAUCCACCAGGAGCUACUGCCUUACCACUACUUGGUAAUUUACAUCAGAUUGGAUCACUUCCACAUAUUGGUCUUGAGAACAUGGCAAAGAAAUUUGGACAUGUCUUUAGAUUCUGGAUGGGCGAUGUCUAUGCUGUGGUUGUGUCUGACCCCGAGGUCAUCCGCGACAUCAUCGUCAAGAAGUUUGACAUCUUUACCAAUCGCACAAUGUCACCCUCAUUCGAUGUAAUGAGUAGAAACUAUGUCAACUUGGCUGUGGCCCGUGAUCAACAUUGGUACCAUAUCAGAAAGUUGGUGGCCAAUGCCUUCACCAAGACCAAGUUGCGUGCUGUCAGCACUGUCAUGGAUGAGCAGAUCGAUAACUUAAUGCGCAAGAUGACUCAGUUUGAGAAGAAUAAACAACCUUUCUACCCAAGGAAUCAUUUGAAGAAGUUUGCCCUCAAUAUUAUAUUUAGUAUAAUGUUCUCUGAUGAGAUACCUUUUGAGGAGGAGGAGCAUGAGGGUAGGAUGGCUCGUUUGUUCAAGCCAAUGGAUAUCAUUAUGAAGGAACUGGGCUCUGCCAACUUGGGUGACUGCAUCAAUUUCUUGAGACCACUACGUACUCUCAAGUUCAAACUAUUCGGAUCAGAGAUGGACAAGGUAUUCGAAAUAACCGAGGAGAUCUACAAUGAACAUUUGGAGACACUUGAUGAGAAUAACCCAAGAGACUUGUUGGACAACUUGAUCAUUGACUCAAAGGGACAACAUAAGGAGUCUGUUAUCAUGAUUGGCAAUGACUUUAUAUUGGCAGGAAGUGAGACCAGUGCUUCAACAGUGGAGAUGUUCAUGAUGUUUAUGAUCAACUAUCCAGAGAUUCAGGAGAAGAUGGCUGGUGAGUUGGCUAGUGUUGUUGGUCUUGGCAACCGUGCCACUGUUACCCAUCGUGCCAAAUGCCCUUACACCAACGCAGUGAUCAAGGAGGUGAUGAGGAUCAUGCCAGUUGCCCCACUCGGCCUACCUCGUCAGGCCAAGGAAUCAAUCAUCGUUGCCGACAAGUACUUCAUUCCCAAGGGUACGAUGGUGAUCAUCAAUCAACGUGCACUCCAUCACAACACCGAGCAUUGGGUCAACCCCGAACAAUUCAUGCCCGAGAGAUUCCUGGUGGAGGACGACAAGCACAAUGAUUACUUCCAACCAUUCAGUUCAGGUCCUCGCAACUGUGUCGGUCAGAACCUUGCUGUCGAGGAGAUGUUCGUAGCCUGUGCCAACAUUAUAAACACAUUCAAACUGAACUCUAUUGAUGGCAAGCCAGUCAAUGAGGAAGAGUUGUUUGGUCUCACAAUAACUCCCAACCAGUUCCAAGUGUGUCUUGAGGCCAGA